AUGUCAGACACAUGGGUGACGUCGUCAACGACGAAGACGGUGGUCACAACAGUCACAGACACAUAUGUUCAAGUCUUUGAGGAAAACGUCGUGUUUUACAGCAGCAUCUUCAGUUUUCUCGCGGGAAGCAUUGUGGAUGUGGAUACCGUGGAGGACCUGACUACUAUCGGGACCAACUGCAUCCAGAGCCUGCUCGCUAACUGCUCGAUGGAAUCUGUCAGCUUUCCUCCCACAUUUACCAUGGGCCCUUCGACAUACAUACACAGCUCAAGCGGCACCGAACAAAACUCUCAGAAGUACACUAUCGGUAUCGAUUCAAAGGCCUGCAGAAUCUUUUCUUCGACACAAAGCGCAUCCUGCAAGCUCUAUGCGAGCUACUGGUACUCUGACUCCAUAACGAGCACGUCCCAAGAUAUAACGCGCACUACAGCCUUGAAGUCAGCAGAAAUCAAGUACCACAGCUUGUGGAUUACGGCGGGUGCUGAGAAACUUUCAGCACCAGUGACAACAACGCGGACCCAAAAUAGGACUGCCGUCCCCACUGCUACUGCUUUGACCUCUACAACAGUCGCUGUCUCUUCGCCUAGCCCAGCUCCAGAGAUUCAUUCCUCAAAAACGUGGAUUGCCGGACCAAUUGUGGGAGCCAUUGCUGGAUGCGGCCUAAUAGCAGCUGUAGUAUACUGCUGUCUCAGGCGGAAAAGACAGAUAGUGCCAUCAGUUGCUCCUGGGCCGGCGAUUCAGGACCCUUCAGAGGAGAUUAGUGCACUCAGUAGCCCUGUUAAGUCUCCAUACAAGGCAGGUAUUCCAGCAGAAACUCAGGGAACUCCUGUAUCUGAACUUCCAGCGGAUGAGCCUUCAUGGAACCGACAUACUAUCUAG